AAUCUUUCUUGACUUGUCGACCUUUGAUGCUAUGUCUUACUUCUGAAUCCAAAGUUUCUCCCAUCACAGCACCCCCACUGUUUUACACUCACACACACGGACAUGAAAUUUCAAAUGGCUGUCUGAACAAGAGUUUGCCAUUGACAGAUGUGGAUAAUUUGGGACGACCAGUGGUGUGGAACAUUGUACAGGAACCUCAUGAGUGGGGGGCAUACUCUUCAGACGGAAUGAAGAGACACUUUAGAAGGACAACCCCUCACCUAGUCUCUUUGUUGUCUAGCACGAUGCUGUCACAUCAGUCCUGUAUAUGCUUACCUAUACACAUACCAAUCUCCUUCUUUCAGAACAAAAAAAAUUCCAUCUUUACCGAACAUGGCUGGCAUGGAUAUAGAUGAGUCAGCAAGACAUUCUGCAUAGAAAACCAAGUCCUGGGAAAGUUUACAGUAUCAAGAGAAAAAUCUGGUGGUCUCUCGCUAAUGUAGUGUCCCCAAUGCAGAAACAGACCUGGGGUUCAGAUCUUGUCUCGGGAAGCAAGCAAGCAACCAACUAGAAACUUUUACUGCAGGGCGGGCAAAUGUUCUCAGAUCAAGUCACCACACCAGCUAUUCUGCACCAGAUCAAGGUAGACAACUAGUUCUGUUUGAAAUACCAUGAAUACCCGCAGUUAUCGCCCUUAUCUCCAUCCCACCCCGGACGCCGAACAUCAAAAGAAACAAUUAUUCUCUUCUUCGCGUUUGUCACAACAGGGAUUUAGGCUGCCAAACAAUGUUGCAAUCAGACCACGUGACACCAGCAAAUAAACAUGAUCUAAACGGCUCGCUAUUAAAGCUCUACUUUGUUCAAACUCGUUCAUCAGACCGCACAUGCUCCAUCACUCAUAGACAGUCACGCCGUCUGUGAGUGACUGUCAGAGGUUGUUAUGCAUUUUAUUUCCUUCAGCAUUUCUGUCAGUUUUCUUAAUUUCCGUUGACUUCCAAAAAAAAAAAAACAAAGCUACAUCAUACAUAGCCUCUCUCAACUUCUCGGUGGUUUUGUAUUCAUCUGCUAUGAGGAGGUCCACACUAGCAGACGUCCUUCUGACGUUCCUGUUGGUCUUGGAGGCCGAGACGACGAGUCCCUCCCGGGAGGGCGUGGCCAUGCGCAGUGCUAAUGUCAUCAGCGAGUCAGGAAAAGACCUUCUGUGGUCCUUCAUGGCUCGCUCUCUCGUGCACUGUCACCUGCUGUGUGUGGGCAACGACAGGUGUGACGGCUUCACCUUCGCCAGGAUGUCUCCCACCACACAAGGCUGGUGUCAGGGCUGGUGUAGGAACCCUUGGCAGGAGACCUCGGGGAGCGCUCUGGCCGGCGCAGUCAGCUUUGCCAUCAAGUCCCGACAGUUCGACCUCCAGCAGGCUGCGACAACUCAGGGCCAAGGGUUCGAUCUCCAGGACGCCUCUACAACUCAGGGCCAAGAGUUCGACACGCAGGAGACUUCUACAGCGACCCAAGUAACAGAUGAAAACACGGUUCUGUAUAACCCGUGCGGGGGUGAUGGCGACUGCCCGGAUCCCUACAGCUGGAUGUGUCACAAAACUCGGUGUUUGUGCAAACCAGGUUACUACUACUGUGUGAGCAGGAAUGAGUGCAUACAGAGCUGCAGCAGCACCAUUCUUCGCUCGGACCUUGUCACGUACGAGGGACUCUACCUCGGUGACCCCAGGCUGGACAACGCCACCUUGAAUGUAGAUGAGUACAAGUGUGAGACCUACUGCUCCGACACCACCGACUGCCGCGCUUUCAACUUCGACACGAGCGCCAAUGAAUGUCAGAUGGUGGAGGAGGACAUGUUGCUGGCUCAGAGAGACAGCUUCCUGACUAAUGACCGCCGGGAUUACCGGCAAAAGAUGUGCUGCUAGCCAUUGGUACACUGCCCGUAGUGUCGACACCAUUCCAUCUGAUGGCAACAUCCCCUGCGGGAUUUAUAUCUUUAAAGCCGAUGUUUACUUACAAUGGAAGGAGGGUGGUGACUAGUGGUUUACUCUUUCCCAACCUGAAAGUAUGCUUUGCAGCUCGAUACCCGAAUGACGCAGCGAACUCUCCUCCACCCCAGUUGAUUCAGCCGUUAAGUGGGUACCUGCCUCUGUACAAGGUUUGAGAUGGAAAUGCAUGGAGAGAGAGAGAGGAGACGGGAACCACCCUCACAAAAGUUAAGCGAAGUCAUAUCUUUAACACCCGACUCUCCUACUUUUGUCAAAGGACUAUUCAAUGUACAUUGUAUAUGAGCACAUCUGUCUCUACUGUGAGUUCUGUGAUGAUAACAAAGACUGGGGAGGGGGCGGAUUUUAACACUACAUUACUUAAUUAAAUGGUCAAAAUAUUAUUUAUCGUAACGGUGAAAAAAAUCUAUAGAAACGUGGUAAGCUUAUCAAGAAUAAGUGUUACCAGGGAGCACGCAUCAAUUGAUGUUGUUAAUAUGAUGAUUGAUGAUCGAAAUUCAUCGCCUGUCUCCUGUCACAAGCUUUUGGAUUACUAAUCUGAGUGCGAACGGAAAUAUUCCAACUGCAUAUAAACUAACAUUUACACUGUGAGAAGUGAAGAUGGAGCUAAAUAAGGAUGGACAGUGCGGCCCAGGUCCCUGUCAGAGUCAAUGUACAGCCCUAGGGGAAUUCUACACUGAACAGCAAGUGUGGGUCUGAUUACUGUAGCUUGUUAAACUGUCGUUAGCAAAGGACAAUCAACGACUCACCCCUGGGAGUCAGAAUCUCUCGUAAUGACAGGGCAAAGUCAGGGGAAAUAAUGAGGUGACUCUUCUUUUGCUACGAGCGUCGGCUUGACGGUUAUUCGCGAGGGUUCGCAACCCGUUUGCACUACAGGUUGUGUGUGUGUGUGACUAUACGGCGAAAAUCGAGUUGUUUU